CGUAUGGACAUAAUUGUGCUGGCGUUACAAAGAAGUGAUUUAUUUUGAAUAAGCCAGUUCUAUACGACGUCUUUAAAUGUACUAUUUAGCUGUGGGGGAAAUAUUUGUCUUUUAAUUUUCGCGAUGGGAGAUGCACGACAAAGGCGCAAAUCGGAGUCCUGGUGGAUUGUUCUCUGUUUGCUAUUUCUACUGAGCGUCGGGCGGCAGGUUUCAGCUCAGAUAAGAUACUCUGUUCCAGAGGAGGUGAAAGAGGGAUCUGUUGUUGGAAAUAUCGCUAAGGAUUUGGGUCUUGACGUGAGUACUUUGGUGAACAGACGGUUCCGUAUCGUUUCUGGAUCGAAGGAUGCUCCUUUUCAGGUAAAUCAGAACAAUGGAAUUCUAUACAUUCAAAAUAGAAUCGACAGAGAAGAGCUGUGUGCCGACAAUGACGUUUGUCAAGUGAAUCUCAAAAUUGCUAUUGAAAAUCCUCUCGAAAUUCAUUAUGUGGGUAUUGAGGUUACGGACAUCAAUGAUCAUGCACCGGUUUUUCCCGAGAAAGAACACAUUUUGAAGAUCGCCGAAAAUACUUUAACCGGGGCUGAUUUCCAGUUGCUCGCAGCCCGCGACCCAGAUUCCGGAGGAAACUCUGUUCGUACAUAUAAACUGAGUCAUAACGAACAUUUUGAAUUAGAGAUUAGAGAUGGCGGAGAGGACAAUAAAAUCCCCAUUCUUAAACUGCAAAGACCCCUUGAUAGGGAGCGACAUAGUAAGCACCAGUUAGUAUUAACUGCUCUCGACGGUGGGAAUCCACCGAGAUCAGGCGUCAUGAACAUAACAAUAACAGUAAUUGAUAUAAAUGAUAACAGACCAGUGUUCAGUAAAGAUGUUUACUCAGUUACAAUUACUGAAAAUCUCCCCAUAGGGAACGUGAUAUUACAAGUCAACGCCACAGAUGCAGAUCUGGGGUUGAAUGGUGACAUACUGUAUUCAUUUGUCAGCAACUUAAAGAGAAAGGUGUAUGACACAUUUGAAAUAGACAGAAAAACUGGUGAAAUUCGUGUUAUAGGUGUUGUUGACUAUGAAGAAACAGAAGUAUACAGAGCUGACGUCACAGCCUCAGACAGCGCAGAACCACCCAUGGCCACAAAUUGUAGAGUUAUAAUAAAAGUUACUGACAUAAACGACAAUACACCAGAAAUCGAGGUCACAUCACUCUCAAAUCUAGUCCCUGAGGAUUCUAAACCGGGAACUGUAAUUUCAUUGAUUAGUGUUACGGAUAAAGAUUCUGGUGUUAACGGAAAAAUAGUGUGCAGGCUGCCUGAAGGCGCUCCAUUUGAGUUAAAACCCUCGUUUCAGGAAAAUAUGUAUUCGCUUGUGACGCAAGGGACUUUAGAUAGAGAGUUAGUUACGCAUUAUGAUAUCACAAUAACGGCCACUGACCUAGGACAGCCUCCUCUGUCCUCAGUGAAGACUUUAAGCGUAGAUGUGUCAGAUGUGAACGACAACAGUCCAGAGUUUCCUCAAAAUCCUCUCGAGCUUUUCUUAUUUGAAAAUAAUCCACCCGGAGCAUCUAUUUUUGCUGUUAGCGCACUAGACAAAGAUAUAAAUGGAAAUGCUGUAAUUUCUUAUCACAUAAUUAGAGGUGAUGGAACAAAAGGCGACAUGGCGUCAUUUCUGAACGUUCAUUCAGAAACGGGAGCUAUCUAUGCCCUUAAAAGUUUUGAUUUUGAAACCAUGAAAACUGGCCAGUUCCACUUGCUCGCUACAGACUCUGGAAGUCCAUCUCUGAGCAGUAACGUGACAGUGAACGUGUUUAUUCUGGAUCAGAACGACAAUGUUCCAGUGAUCUUAUAUCCAGUCAGUGCUAACGGUUCUGCUGAGGGUGUGGAGGAGAUUCCCCGCAAUGUGAACGCAGGUCAUUUGGUGACUAAAGUCAGAGCCUAUGACGCAGAUAUCGGAUACAACGGCUGGUUAUUAUUUUCACUGCAGGAAGUUAGUGAGCACAGUCUGUUUGGUUUGGACCGCUAUACAGGACAGAUAAGGACCCUUCGCUCAUUCACAGAAACAGACGAGGCCCAGCAGAAACUGGUCAUACUGGUCAAAGACAAUGGGAACGUGUCACUCUCAGCAACAGCGACUGUGAUUGUCAAAGUCGUGGAGCCCAAAGAGGCUUUUGCAGCUUCUGAUGUGAAAAACGCAGUAAAAGACGAGGAGGAAAACAACGUGACGUUUUAUUUGAUCAUCACUUUGGGCUCGGUUUCAGUGCUUUUUCUCAUCAGUAUCAUCGUGUUGAUUGUAAUGCAGUGCUCCAAAUCUACAGACUGUUCAUCCAAGUAUUUACAAGAUGCAAAUUACGACGGGACUCUGUGUCACAGCAUCCAGUACAGAUCUGGAGACAAACGAUACAUGUUAGUUGGACCCAGAAUGAGUAUCGGUUCUACUAUAGUCCCGGGCAGUAAUGGGAAUACUCUAGUGAUACCAGAUCGCAGGAGCAGGAGAGAUUCUGGAGAGACACCUAAGGGCGCUCUCGCCGGCACCACGCGUUGUGUAGUACCGCACAUGUUGUGUAGCAUUUAA